UCAUGGACUAAGUCUCAGAAAAUUUUUCAUUAAAAAACCACGCAACAUUACUUCGGGUCGGGUCAUCAUCCGGAUCACAUAUACAAACUAGACUCUACAAAAAAACCAACAAUAAUGAUGUAAGACCUGCUUUUGUUGCAUCAAUUUGAUAGCUACGUUGCAAAGGGAUUCUUUUACGUUGCAUUUUUUACUUGGCAAGAUAAUAGGAAAAGUUCUUCAGCUAAUUAUGGUUUGAUUUUUUUUUUAUCAAUCAUUUUUUUUGAUUUAUUUACAAGUAAAAUACACCUCUCGCUGCAAGUAGUGUCUGCUAAACUUAUGCCACCUCAUGUUAAUUGUAAUAUUGGCAGUAUUGAUAGUUUUGUGGGGGAUGUUAAUGAUUUGAUGUUCUUUAUAAGAUGUCAUUUAUGGAUUGUACAUUCCAUAUAAUCUGUUACUUAUCUACUGCAGCCACUUGAGUAUAUAUUGAUGUGUCUGUGAACAGAUUUAUUUCCAGGAUCUUUCCUUACAGGCAGAGCUUAAGCUUCCAAGUGCGUCAUUCUCUCCAAUUAUUGAUCCACAUCUUUCACCAGAUGGUAGUAUGCUUGCUUACGUGAGAGAUAACGAGCUGCAUGUGUUAGAUCUUUUGUCCAAUGUUUCAAGACAAUUAACCUCUGGUGCUGACGGAAAAGUUGCGACACAUGCUCUUGCUGAGUACAUAGCCCAGGAGGAGAUGGAUCGAAAGAAUGGCUACUGGUGGUCUUUGGACAGCAAAUUCAUAGCAUUUACGGAGGUUGAUUCAUCUAACAUUCCUCUAUUCAGAAUCAUGCACCAGGGUAAAAGUUCUGUUGGUAUAGAGGCACAGGAAGACCAUGCUUAUCCCUUUGCUGGGGCGUCAAAUGUCAAAGUUCGCCUUGGGGUGAUUUCCGCCACUGGAGGUCUGGUAACUUGGAUGGAUCUUGUAUGUGGAGAAAAUGGCCAAGCAAACAAUGAUGAGGAAUAUUUGGCAAGAGUCAAUUGGAUGCAUGGAAAUAUUCUCACUGCUCAGGUUUUAAACAGGUCACAUUCCAAACUAAAGCUCCUAAACUUUAAUAUCAAAACGGGUCAAAGAAAAGUUAUCUUGGAAGAAGAAGAUGAUACAUGGAUUAAUCUGCAUGAUUGCUUCACACCGUUGGACAAAGGACUCGCAAGAUUUUCCGGAGGAUUUCUCUGGGCUAGCGAAAAAACAGGAUUUAGACAUCUGUAUUUGCAUGAUAUGAAUGGAGUUUGCUUGGAACCUAUCACUCAAGGUGAUUGGAUGGUUGAGCAAAUUUCCGGUGUGAAUGAGGCUGCAGGUCUUGUAUAUUUCACUGGGACUUUGGAUGGCCCUUUGGAAUCUCACCUGUAUUGUGCUAAACUUUUCCCUGAUGAGAGCAAAACCUUGCAGGCCCCAAUAAGGUUGACUCAUGGCAAGGGAAAACACGUGGUUGUGCUUGAUCAUCAGAUGCAGAGAUUUGUUGAUAUUCAUGAUUCCUUGGAUUCACCUCCGAGAAUGUCGCUUUGCUCCUUGCAUGAAGGAAGCUUGAUUAUGCAUCUGUAUGAACAAACAUUCACCAUUCCAAGAUUCAAAAAGCUCCAACUUAAGCCACCAGAGAUAGUCCAAAUACAAGCAAAGGAUGACACCAUCUUAUUUGGGGCAUUAUACAAACCUGAUGUAGCAAGGUUUGGACCUCCACCGUACAAAACAAUGAUUAAUGUGUAUGGUGGUCCUUGUGUACAGUGUGUCUAUGAUUCUUGGGUAAACACGGUUGAUAUGCGAGCUCAAUAUCUAAGGAGCCAAGGCAUCUUAGUAUGGAAGUUGGAUAACAGAGGAACUGCUCGACGUGGACUGAAGUUUGAAGGUGCCCUGAAGUACAACUGUGGUCGAACCGAUGCUGAGGAUCAGCUUACUGGGGCAGAAUGGCUCAUCAAACAAGGGCUAGCGAAACUUGGCCACAUUGGGCUGUAUGGGUGGAGCUAUGGUGGAUAUCUCUCAGCUAUGACGUUGGCAAGAUUUCCAGAAGCUUUCAGAUGUGCUGUUUCUGGGGCCCCUGUCACAUCAUGGGAUGGAUACGACACAUUUUACACUGAAAAAUACAUGGGGUUGCCUGUCGAAAAUGAAUCUGGUUACUCAUAUGGCUCUGUGAUGCAACACGUGGACAAGAUCCAAGGGAAGUUGUUACUCGUGCAUGGGAUGAUUGAUGAAAAUGUGCAUUUUAGGCACACUGCCAGACUUGUGAAUGCAUUUGUGGCAGCUAGAAAGGCUUACGAGCUGUUGAUUUUCCCGGAUGAACGUCACAUGCCUCGCUCACCUAAGGACCGGAUCUAUAUGGAAGAGAGGAUUUGGGAAUUCAUUGAGAGGAGUCUGUGAAUCACUUUUGUAGCUGCUGUUCUUUUUUGAGGUUGUUUUGUAUCUGUUGUUGUUUUUAUUGAUUGGGUGGAGGUCUUCUGGGGCUGUUCUUUCAUAUCAGUAAGUAUUUUUCUGAUCUUCUUUAACAUCUGAGGAUAAAACAGCAAGGCAUUUCCUCGUCACUUGCCAAACAUUUACAAUAUUCUGUGUAAUAGCUGCUGCCGUGGAUCAAAUCAAAUAUUAUCUAGUGUACAAAAACAUUGAUGCAUCAGUGAAAUCCAGUUGCUUGACCAGGAAGUUAUACUAUUAUUUGGACUUGUAUGUGACUGCGGAAU